AAAAUGGCGGUGCCCAGCUGGUAAUUUUAAUGAAUUCUUAUAUUUUUGUCAAUUAUUAUACUUUUCACCUACUUUGUUUGCCGUUUAUGAAAGUUUAUCGAUCUAGUUAUGAGCUUGGAUGAUGCAGGUGGAGCUGACUUCCCUGGGCUGCAGGACAGUGAAGGAAAAGAGAGUUAUAGUGACGAUUCUGACGAGGAACGUGAUUUCUUGAAAGUUAAGAAGCCAAAAGACAAGCAUAAAAAAGACAAAGGCUACAAAGCAUUUGCUCCUGAUGUGUCUGAUGAGGAGGAGGACAAGAGCCCAGCUAAAACAAAAAAGUCAAAAGGCAUCUUCAGAAGAGGUUUGGGAAAUAAGACUAAAGAGAAAGAAAGAGAAAAAGAUAGUAGAGCAAAGAAACGAGAAAAAGAAGAAAGCAAAGCUGAGAAGAAAGAGAAAGAACGGUUUAGUAAGUCUGACAGACGGGAAAGAGACAUUAAAUUAGAGAGGAAGGAGCGGGAAAAGGAAAGCAAAGCAGAAAAGAAAGACAAACAGAGAAAGAAAUCAUCUCAACAGUAUGUAGACGCAACUGAGGAGGUUUCAGUUGUGAAACCACCCAAAGCUGUAUUUGGUGUGCCCCUGUCUGUCUCUGUGGAUAGAAGUAAACUCUAUGAUGGAGUAGAGUUACCUGCAGUUGUCAGAGACUGUGUGGAUUUUGUUGAAAAUAAUGCUUUAACUACUGAGGGGAUAUACAGGUUAUCUGGAGUGAAGUCUCAGAUUGCUCAACUAAGACAGUGCUAUGACAAGGGACAAUCUGUCAACCUUGAAGACUAUGAUCCACAUGUGGUGGCGGGGCUAUUAAAACAAUAUUUACGAGAAAUUCCUGAACCUGUCUUAACACUUCCUCUGAUGCCAAAGUUUGAUGAAGUGGCAGCAUUACAAGAUGAAGCUCUGAAACUUGAAGGAUUUAAGCAGCUGUUAGGUCAACUACCUGUAUAUAAUAGAACGUUGUUAUCAUGGAUUAUUGUGCAUAUGACACAUAUUAUUGAGGAAGACAAUAAAAUGAGUUUACAGAAUGUCUCCAUUGUAAUAAGUCCCACUAUGCGUAUAAGUCACAGAAUACUGAAUGUUUUACUCAGUCACUCUACUGUAUUAUUCAAAGAUGUCAAUCUUAAAAGACCUGUGAAACCCUUGAGAUGGCAGGCAUCGCAUACAUCUCUAGAGUUACCGAGUGAUAGUGCAUUGACAUUAGAAGAGGAAAUGAGCCGACAGGAAGCUAUUUUAGCCAGUUACGAAACUGAGGAGAAACUGUGGGAAGUUCAAAGAAUAGUCACUACAUUAAAAAGAAAGAUACGUCAAAGUAAGAAACAACAAGAGGCCAAACUCACCAAAGUCAAAAUUGAAGAAGUGGAUGAGAAAGGUAAACAAGAGGAGAUUGUAAAAGAAGAAGUCGCUUCCAAUGAGGAAACACCAGAAAAAGAAGUAAAGAAACAAGAUGUUGAAGUGCCAGGAAGUGAACCAGAGAACAAAACUGAGAUUGAACCAGAGCAGGAGGAAGAGAGUAUUGAAUACCUGAUAGAAACAGAAUGUCAGUUGCUGGCAGAACAAGAAGAGAUGAUAAGUCUAGGAGAUGAACUUAGGAAACUGAUAAUAAAUGAAAGAAAUGAAGUUGAACGCCUGAAAAAUGAAAUCUUGGAAAUCAAGGAUGAGAGAGGGCACUCUUCAAACAGUUCUUAUAGUAGUACUUCAUCAGAAGAAUCAUCCGAUAGUGAAGAUGACAACGAAGAAGAGCUUCAAAGAAUUUUACAAGAUCUACUCCAGGAGAAUCAAGAUUUAGAUUGUAAAAACAAUGAGUUGUGUGUUGCAAUUCAUGAAGAACAAGAAGCAUGUAUGCGUCUGAGAGUCAAAUAA